UAAAGGGGUUUGCUAGCAGCAGAAAUAAAACUUAUCGGACUAUAUAAGAACGCUUUCGUCAGGAUUUGGAAACAUUUUUGUGUUGUGCUAUGAUGGCUUCGAAGGUGGUUUUAAUUUUGUUUGUAGCAGUGGUGAACUCGCAAUGGGUAAAAGAAAUGGAAAACGAUGGCCUGUUCGAAGGUGAUAUGAUACUUACGCCAGCUCAAGCACAGGACGCACAGAAUGGCAAUCUUGGCUACGCAUCAACUAACCAUCAUCACUGGCCAACUACGAUCUAUUAUGAUUGGGAGUCUACACGUGCUAACAACAAAGGCAUUCUUGCAGCUAUUGCGGAUUACCAAAACUUUACAUGCCUGAAGUUCAUUAAGAGAACUACCCAGAAGGAUUAUAUGUAUUUUAGACAAGGUCGUGGAGGGUGUUCAUCUGGAGUGGGUUACUUUAAAGGAAGUGGAGCACAUAACAUCAAUUUAGGGAACGGCUGCACUGGUAAAGGAACUGUCCUCCAUGAAAUGGCGCAUCGGUUAGGAAUUUAUCAUGAACAAUCAAGACCAGAUCGAGACAAUUACGUCACCAUUAAUUUUGAAAACAUCAGAUCAAGCAUGGCCUACAACUUCAGGAAGCAAAAAGAGUCCAAUAUCGACUACUACAAUACACAAUACGACUAUAGGUCAGUGAUGCAUUAUCCCGACUGGGCUUUUAGCAGUAACAGGAAACCUACCAUUACCACGAAAGACCCAGCAAUGCAGAAAGUGAUUGGAAACAGAAAGGGAUUUAGUGAAAUUGAUAAGAUACAGAUCAACAGGAUGUACAAAUGUGUGCCAGUACCAUCACAACAACCCACACAGGCACCCACACAACCCCCAUCUACCAAUGGCUACCUGUUUAAGCACUCAGGUGGAAGAUGCAUUGAUGUAAACAGCCAAAACCAACUCAUUCUGAGCAGUGCAUGCAGCACUAAAUUCACCCUUGUAAAUGGUCAACUCACGGUGGCAGGUAAAUGUGCCUAUCCUUUGAAUGGUUACAACAACGCAUAUGUUAAUGUGAAAACCGCUUGUGGACACACAUUUACAAAGUCAGAUCAAAGUGGAGAUUAUUUUGCCUUGAAAAAUGGAAAAUAUGGCAAAUGUAUUCAUCCUCAUAGAGGUUCUUCAAGGCCAGCUGAAGGUACGAGACUUGUCAUUUACUCUGGAUGCAACGAAACAAGAUUGAAAUUUAAGAUGAUCUAAAGACAAUCGACGCUGAGACAAUGUAUAUAUGUUAUCAGCUACACCUUUUGUCAUUUCUGAAAUUGAAAUACAUUGUUUUUAAAUGAAAGUGAA